ACACAGUAUUGUAUAUUCUUAAUUUUUUCUUCAGCACAAUGGCUCCACGUAAGGGUGGUAAGGAUAACAAAGGCAAACAGAAGUCCACAUUCAAUGAAGUCAUCACAAAAGAAUGUACCAUCAACCUACACAAGAGGGUGUUUGGCAUAGGAUUCAAAAAGAGGGCUCCAAGAGCUAUCAAGGAGAUCCGUAAAUUUGCUGAAAAGAUGAUGGGCACACCAGACGUUCGAGUAGAAACACGUCUUAAUAAACACAUCUGGUCCAAGGGAAUCAGGAGUGUACCAUACAGAGUACGUGUACGUUUGGCCCGUAAGAGGAACGAAGAUGAGGACUCUGUUCACAGACUGUACACACUUGUCACAUUUGUUCCUUGUACAUCAUUUAAAGGCACACAGACCCUUAAUGUUGACAACGAGUGAUAAUUUAUGUACAGUUACGAAAUAAAGAGAAAAAACCAACA